GGAACCAGUACUCUUCAUGGGGGGCAGGACAACAACUAUGAUUCCAACAGUUAGGAAUCUCACUUUCUACUAACUUUACUAAGAUGGUAGCCUUCAACAUGCUAUGGAAAGUCUGUCUGGUGGGGGCAUUGGGGUUCUCUGCCACUGUCACUUCUACUGAGGUAGCCCAGGAACAAUCCACGCAAGAAGGAUUGGACAAAGGAGUCUGCAGCAAGGAAAAGGAACAGGCCACUGAACUUGUAGAAGUACCGGAACCAACUAGAAUUGACACCCCCAAACAUGCUGAUAUUGUAAAUCCACCCAAGUACUCUGUUGAGUGGUAUCUGUUGCCCAAGCCCCAAAAUAGGAAAUAUCUUCGUGACAAGCUACCGUGGCAUUUGUAUAAUGCCGUACCAAAGGACUGUAAUGAUCCAAUAGAUCCUUUGGUGGAAAAAGAAAUUAGGGAGUUUUUUUCAGUGCGUUCCGUUGAAUGGUACCUGGAAUCCAAGCCCAUAAACAGAGCCGCUCUACGUUAUGCGAUACCAGCUUAUUUGGCGGAAAAGGUACCACUGGACUGUAAUGAACCGAUAUCUCCAGCAACAGAAAGACGUAUUAGGGGUUUUUUCUCCUACAGUGAGAGAAUGCAGAGGUUUUUGCGUCUAUUUUAACAUUAUAGUUCAAUUCAAAAUACAAACCUUCGCAUAGCUAAAUGGAGAUACAAUUAUCCU